GGGAACGGCGCCGGAUCGGAGACACACACACACUCCAGCCCUGCAAAGUCACGUUUUGUGGGGAACAGGUUGGAAUGCAGUUGUAAAUGAUGAGUUUAUGUGCAGAGAUCUGCCAGUCGGAGAACGCUAACUAUAAUGCAGAUGGGUUACAUCAACGUUAUGGAGUCCGAUCAUAUCUGCAUAAGUUCUAUGAAGACUGUACAGCAUCUAUCUGGGAGCAUGACGAUGAUUUUCAGAUUAAGAGGUCUCCAAGCAGGUGGAAUUCUGUUGUCUGGAAGGUUGGACUUACAUCUGGGACUACCAUACUUCUUAUAGGAUUGGCACUGAUUGCAGCUGGCUACCUGGUACCACCAAAGAUUGAAGCAUUUGGAGAGGAGAAUGAAGAUUUUCUGGUAGUGGAUGGUCAUGCUGUCCAAUUCAAUGUGGCAUUGGACACAUGUAAGUUAGCAGGGGCCAUCCUCUUUUGCAUUGGUGGGAUGGUAAUAGCUGCUUGCCUUCUAAUGUCCACCUUUGCCACGAGUUACUCCAAGGAAGAGAAAUACCUUCAGCAGAAGUUCAAAGAGAGAAUUGCAGAAGCCCAGGCUUCCUUCCAGCCUGUCACUAAGAUACCAACUCCAGGUGAACACAAAAUCCCCAUCACUUUAUCUAAAGUACAUAACAUACAGCCCACCUUGGAGACCUAAAAUGCAAAU